AGCAGAUACACCGACGCUUUUGUAUUUUGAUGUUUUGUAUCCGAAAGUUGAAAGAAGCUGUUUUUUUCUUGUCAAUUUUCGCGCAAGAUCUAUUUUCUUCAUUGGUUGCUCAAUAUCUGUUCUUGUCUUGAUUCGUGAUAUUUACAUCUGAAUACACCGUAGGUAUCCGCGUAUGAAUUCUAGUUAUUGAGUACUAGUAUAUUAAAGUUUAAAUUUGGGCUAUAAAAACCUGUCUAGCACGUAGGUUGUAGUUGAUUUGCCAAUAAAUGCCGUUGCCAUGGCUCCUAAACACCCGAAUAAACCUGGGCCACGAAAGGGAGGCGGCAAGGGCAACAAGGAGCACUUCGAGCAAAGGAAGCAGGAAUAUGCGGAAACAGGCAAGAAGGAGCGCGAAGCUCGACAAGCGGCGCACAAAAAGGAGUUGCGCCGUGAAAAGUAACUACUCAAAAGGUUAUUUGGACUGUUGGUUCAUCAUGAAAUUUCUUCUCGGAUGAAUCUUAUCGACGAACACGACGAUGUUAUCGCAUCAGCAAUAGUAGAAAUUAGGAUGAAUAGUUUCACUACAACAACUGAAAAUAUACCUACUUCUCUGUGCUAGCUGUAGUACGUAUAAAUAUAUAAUGCUACAGGUUCGAGUUUUUUCGCCAACGAGCUGAGGAGAAGAAAGGCGGCGACGCCUUGUUGGAAACCGGCGUUACCUUCGUGAUGAAUAAUCUUGGGCACCCGAAGCCGAUCAAUGACUUAGAUCCGCAUUGGGUGUGCUCCGAAGUGGAGCUUUUCGGCUUUUUUCCUAGUGAUUUUUACGUGGAAGAAGAUGCUAAGGGCGUUUUCUUUGAAGCAGAUAAUAAUGUUGCGCAGACGGAAGGACAGCAAGGACAGCUGCUUCUUGAUGCAGAUAGUGCACUUCUAGAGAGUGCUCCAAAUAUGAACAAAGGGCUUCGGAGAGUUUUGUCGGAGCUAGAAGCCUUUUUCGACGAGCAGGCAUAUCUGCUAGAAUUGGUCCUUUACCUGCCCUUCCAUCAAUUCUGGUCCAACGUGGUGUACAAUCCUACAGUACUGCCGGCUUUGCGCUCCUUCGUGGCAUACUGCACGCGGCCACACGACACUGGACGGCGGCAAGACACCGGAGCCAGCGAGGCAGCGAAAGCGAGCAAAAAACCAGCGUCUGUAUCUGACGAAUCAGGGGAGCCGAAACAGACUAUGGCAGAGGCGCGUCGAGAUCUCUUUGGCGAGACGACAGCGGAAUUAGAUCGUGCACGCAAAGAGUGCUACGAACUUGUCUUUAGGUUACUCUUGCGCCUCACAAAACGCUCGGAAUCGCCAACAGAACGCAUGGGAGAACAAAAGUACUUAAUUACUUUGACACCUGCAGCUAGGUCAUCCUGAAUUAGGUACUUUGCGCUUUCUUCAUGUAGGUAUAGGGACGAGAAGUAUGAUUGACUGAUGACAAACACAAAUCGUUUUUAUUCAUAUUUCUUACCCGAGCUAAAACUGAUAUUCACUUUAUGGCUCCUCCCGGCUGCUUCAGCGUUUGUGGAUUAAUAGAAUAGUGAAUGAUCUCAAUCCUUACAUUUAUGACCGAAGUGCUAAUCAUCAGAUACGCGGAACUGAUGCAAGAGGUGUGGACGAUGCCCAUGUUGCUUGAUUUUUGCGCGGUUUAUGGUUUCGUGAAUUUCGACGAUGUGCAUUUGAGCGUGCACGAGGUGAUGUCCGUCGCUACAGCCCAGUACACGACGAAAUACGCUGUGCACCGCAAAGCGUUCGAUGACUUACUGCGGAAAGCCCUUGACCGCGCAUACGAUCACGGGGACGAAGAAGCAUGGGACUUCUUAGGGGACGCACUUGCGCAGCUAGAGUGCGUUUACUCGUUUUUCCCAGACAAUUUCUCGUUCCUUAGUCUGAAAAACGUCGGAGGCGGCUCUUCUUCGUCUGCUUCGUCGUCCUCUGCUGCACCUCCAACGGAGGAUCAUGGAGACGCGCAGCUAGUAGUCUACGAAGACUUGUAUCAAAAAGCAGCGGAGCGUGACGAUCUAGCGUUCAUCCAGAAGCGCGUGCGACGUGUAAUUGUCCGCUUUUGCCAGGCGAGGUCUCCCUUACGAGGUGGUCUAGAAUCGUUUCACAGGCUAGAGGAGACCAUGUUGCGGUUCAGCGACGUCGAGUAUCCUGCGGUGGACCUGCUCAGCGCAGCCUGGGCUCCGGUUCUUGAGGAAUGGUACGGGGAAAAAAGCAUCGACGUGGACAGAGUGGAACACUUGAUGUACUUGUGCGGCAUCGCGAACCCGCGGCAGCGGCGCGCGGAGCGCCAGGUCGGACCCACCGACGCUGCGGACCUCUUUGCGACGUCGGUUUCUGGGGAAAUGCGCGGGAAAAUCGGCGAGAUGGAAGAACUCUUUGGCGCUGGCAGCUUUGGACAUGGCUUCUUGUGCGCGGUGCUGAGGCACUACGAGCAGGACACAGCGCGCGCGGCAGACGCAAUUCUGUGCGACCAGCUGCCCGUUGCGCUCGCCGCGCUGGACAAACAACUGAGCUUGGAAGCGAUGGCUGCGAGUCGGCAGCAGCGUGAUCAUGGAGGACCACAAACGAGUGGUAGUUCUUCCUCGGGAGCAAUGUUGCGUGAGACACCAAGUCUGUUGAGGGAUGCGCAGUUCGGACUCCACAAAAGCAAAAAAAAUUUGUCCGACCGGGACGAAGCGAAAUUAGCGCAGGAACGCACGCUGAAUCUAGUGGCGCAGCAGGAAGCCGAGGAGGAAGAGGACGACGGACUGGACGACGAAGAGCGGACGCAGCGCUUCCUGGAGAUGGAGCAGGCGAAGUGCGACGCGGAGUACCACGACUUUCUCAAACACAAGGAGCUCACCGCGAAGAAGGCCUUGGAAUACGACGACGAGCCGGUUAUCCGAAGAGGGCACUUUUUGCUCAAAGAGCAAGAGAAGGAGCGCGAGUUUCGAAAGCGACGGGCAGAGAAGGUGAAAUACUUGGAAGAGCGCAGAAGACAGAGAGACCUUGCAUUAGCAGCACAAAAGGAAGAUGCUGCGACGGGAGGUGGAGGGAGCAGCGCCAGUGGAACUCAGAAGAAAGGAGCUGAUCAUACGCAGAAAGGAGCGAAUAAGAAGGGAAGCAGCGAGCAUACUGGAGGGGCGGGUGGGGAAGAUAAAAAGGGACGCCAAAACCAGAAAUGGCAGUAUGACGAGUACUACGGGUGGAACGGCUACUACGGAGGUUCGAAUGCUCAGUACUACAAGACGGGGAACGGCGACUACGAAGAUGCUGGAACUACAAGAGACGAAAACUACGCAGAUGGAGAUGCCAAUGGAUACCACGACGAAGGCGAAGAUGCAGUCGAUCAUAAGGGGAACUCUAAAGGCGGAAAUCGACAGCGCGGCUUUGAUUAUGCGCCUUUGAACCGGGAUCAAGGCACGCUUGGACGCAAGAAACAGUGGUGGAAAAACGAGUAUGAUGAUGAAUCAUGCUUGCAGGAGAGCGCUGAAUCCAGCGAAGGCACGGGGCAAACAAAGGGCAAGGGUAAGGAAACCGGUAACAGUAAGGGAAAGGGUAAGCAGCGAAACGGGUCUAAAGGAGGACGAUCCGAGAAGCAGGAUGAUGCCGAAAAAGAGGAGAAAAAAGUGGUACAGGGGCAAAGCUUUGGCGCGCGCAAGAAGGAGCAGUUCAAAUCCAAAGCAGCUAAUCACAAUCGUAGAGAUCGCUUCGCCGCUAAAAUGAGUAAAGCAUUUCUGUAAAUUCAGCUUCGAAGUCCUCUUCGUGAUAUUGAUAGAUACUGAUACUCAUCCAAAAAUUUUCACAAGUUUUUGUUCUUCCCCAUUCACAUCUACAGCUCCAAAAAGUUAGCAGCAACUGUACUUACUACAAGGCCUUGUGUGCUCUUGUCCAUGUGACAAAGACUUCCCGACAACAUCUUUGAGCUUUGCUCAUACAGAAGACGGCUAUCCGCCGUCGGUCUGAACGUUCAGCCGGCUGUUCGUCUGCGAACGCCUUGUUUAGCGCCUCGUCUGGAUCACAGCUUACGAUCUCGAUACUCACUCUACC